AUGGGCGACUAUUACGUCUACGAAAGCGACCGUCCGACACGGAGACGAAGGUAUAGACUGGUUUCUUCCAGGGCGAGCCGCUAUCCACCACCGGAGGAGGAUUAUGACUACGACGGGGACUACUACUACGAGAGCAGCAGAGAGAGUCGCCGCGCCCCUCCACCGGCCGACUACGAAUACGACAUCCCAAGAUCGCGCCGGGAAUCAUCAAGACCGCGCCCGCGUGCACGUACGCCGGCUCGAGCGACGGACUACCGUCGGCGAAGCAGCAGGAGUAGGAGUAGGGCCCGAGACAGAGAGAGAGAGAGGGACUCUGACGAAUACCGAAGCCGAAGCCGGCGCCCCGCACAAAAUUCCUACGAAUACGAGCGGAAUGACGAGGGGGUCCAGUCUAAACGAUAUUACAACGUUGAGACAGGCCGGUGGGCCGGCACUGAUUUUUUCGUGGAUGGCAAGCUGGUUGACAGGAUGGAUAGAUCAGCCGACUCAGACCUACUCGAGACACUGGAAAAGAUCCGAAUUAAGGAGCACGAGGAGGGCGAGAAGAGGAUCGGGGAACUGAAGAAGGAGAUUGAGGAUCUGAACAACUAUUAG